AUGGACUGGGAUUCCCUCACACCGCAGCGUCUGCAAGUUCUUGAGCAGUUCAAGAAACAGGUGCAGGAAGAGCAGCUACUCAAAGACGAGCAGCACCUCGCAUCAUUCGACGACUAUCACCUUGCUCGUUUCCUGCGUGCGCGCGCUUACAACCUCAAGGAUGCACAUACAAUGCUUGUAGCCUGUCUCGAAUGGAGACGCACCGUUGAAGGGAAGGGUCUUGCUACACUCUACAAGGAGAUGGAUCCCUUCGACUUUCCGGAGCGUAAACAUGUCUCCCAGCACUGGCCGAUGUACUUUCACAAGACCGACAAGUUCGGCCGCCCUGUUAAUAUCCAAGCCUUUGGGUCUAUCAAUGUGAACGAGUUGUUCAAGGGCAUCUCACCUGAGCGCCACUGGCAGUCCAUCGUAGUGAAUGCCGAAGCGCUCAUCGCGGAAGUCUUGCCCGCGGUCUCUACCGAAAGGGCUCAACAUAUAGAGCAAGUCAUGGUCAUCAUUGACCUCAAGGGCUUCAGCCUUAGCCAGUUCUGGCAAAUGAAGUCGCUAGUUCAACGUGCACUAUACGCUUCACAAAACUAUUACCCGGAAACCAUGGGCAAGCUAGUCAUCAUCAAUGCUCCGGUGACAUUCGCAGCUAUCUGGAAAAUCAUCAAGCCCCUCAUUCACGAGCGCACGGUCAGCAAAGUCGAGAUCUAUAGUUCGAGCUACAAGGACGCACUUCUCUCUCAGAUCCCUGCGGAGAAUCUCCCGGCGUCCCUCGGCGGCAAGUGCUCGUGCCCGGGUGGAUGCAGUAACGCUGGCCCGUGGAUGGAUGGUCGCGCCGAGCGCCGUGCCCAAUGGAUCGCUGGUGAACAAGCUCGCCCCGGCCUGCCCUGGGUCGGCGAAGACGUGGACCUUGUAGCUCAGAGCAAGGCUUAUCACGUCGGGACGAUCCAACUCGACGAGGCCGAAAUAGAGGCCGUCAAAGCUCAGCAGUCGCAAACGGCGUCUGCAGUUCCCGUCUCCGCAUGA